AUGCGAGCUCGACUACCAGACAGGUUCCGCUUGCCGCAGAUCGCACUCUACACCACGAAGGCUGACCCAAUUGAACAUGUCGAGUCCUUUCGGACCUAUAUGGAGUUGCACGAUGCCUCGGACGCGGUUAUGUGCCGAGCCUUUUCACUUACCCUGUCUGACUUUGCCCGGCUCUGGUUCAAACAACUAAAACUGAGGUCCAUAAGUUUGUUCGCCGAACUUAGUGAGGUGUUCGUCACGAACUUCAUUGGGAGAAAGAAGAAACUUAAAGCGUCAGCGCAUCUGAACAAUAUAGUUCAAAGAGAAGGGGAACUCCUCAAGGACUACAUCAGACACUUCAAUCUUGAAGCCCUACAGGUUCGAAAAUACUCGGAUGAAACAGCCCUGAAUGCCAUCAUGCAAGGGCUAAGAGAUAAGCCCUUUCUCUUCUCCUUAGAUAAGAACCCCUCGUCUACAUUGGCCGAGUUCAUGAACCAGUCACAAAAGUACGCCGACAUUGAGGAAUCCAGGAUUUUGCAAGAGGCAGCCCAAAAGAAGAAUGCCUCGAUAAAAGGAUCGACGAAGAAAGAGAUCGACUCGGCCAAUGUCAGUAAGAAACGGAAAGAUGAUCGGCCUCGGGACGAACGCAGGUCUGGAAAAUGA